AUGUUUAGAAAUUUCGAACAAAAUCAAAAUACGAUUGCCGAUGCCUUAAAAGAAAAUGCUAGAUUGUAUAAAUUAAAUUUUAAUGAAAAUGUUCGACUAAACAGAAUUUGUUUGCGAACAGUUAUUGAUGCAGUUUUGUACCUCAGCAAACAAGAGUUGCCUUUUAGGGGACAUGAUGAGAAAAGUGACUCAAGUAACAGGGGUAAUUUUAAGGAAUUAUUAAAUUUGUUAAUUGUUCAAAGCCCUUUGGAAACUAAAAAUCAUUACGAGAAAAUCAAAAAUGUUUUUAGUGGAGAGUCAAAAACAAUCCAAAAUGAAUUAAUUGGGUGUAUUUCUAAUUACAUCAAUGAUAAUAUUACGACUGAAAUUAAAAACAGUCAAUUUUUUUCCCUCCAAAUUGAUGAUACUACUGACAUAACGCAGACGUCGCAGUCUUCAAUAAUAUUAAGAUAUGUAAAUUCUCAAGGAUUAUUGGUUGAAAGGUUCAUGGGAUUUUACGAUGUAAGUGCCGGUAGAACAGCUGAGCAUUUGUUCACUAUGGCUGCGACAGUAUUAGAGCCUUUGGAAUACCGACAUAAGCUUGUAGGGCAGUGUUACGAUGGAGCCAGUGUGAUGUCAGGGCACUUAAAUGGUCUUCAACAAAAAAUCAAAUCACAUGCACCACAAGCAAUUUUUGUACAUUGUCUAGCCCAUCGACUUAAUCUUGUUUUGCAACAGAGUUUUAAAAAAAUAUCAAAAUGUCGAAUUUUUUUUGCAACUAUUACGGGAAUCCCAUCGUUUUUUCAUAGUUCGGCAAAACGAUCGUACGCUCUUGCAUCUACGUCGGCUAGACGUAUGCCAACAAUUACAGAGACACGAUGGUCAUCAAAUUCAAAAUUAAUCAAUGUGAUUAUUGAAGACUGGCAAAAAUUAAAAGAGGUUUUUGAAAAUAUAAUGAAUUCUGAAGAGUCAGACCGCAAAUCGAUUCAGCUGGCUAAAGGGUUUUUAGGAGACUUGAAUGAUUUUGAAUUUACAUUUUUAGCAACAGUUUUUAGCGACAUUUUUCAUUUAACAGAUAUUUUAUACGAUGUUCUUCAAAAAAAGUCCCUGGAUAUUAAUUUUUGUUUAAACCAGAUAAAAAGAACUCGUCAAUUAAUAAGUGACAAAAGAAAUGAAGAAUAUUUUAAUUCCAUUUUUGAUAAAGCAAGCGCAAUAACAACCAUUAACACUUCCAAAAGGUUUAAGUGUGAUGAUGGAAUGAGCAAAAAUGUAAUCACUACCCAAUACAGAGCAUUAUUUUUUGAAAUAUAUGAUCAUAUUUUAAUGGAAAUGGAUGUUCGCUUUCAGGAUAGUGAUAAAUUAAAAUUCGUCAGUUUAGCAGAUACAGCAAAGUUUGAGUCAUACAGUGCGACCUUUCCUUCCGACGCUUUCCAAAAUAUUUUCGACUUUUAUGGCACAAAAUUUACCAAACAUCAAAGACUUAAAAGUGAACUGUGCCUCCUGUAUGCCGACGAAAAUUACAGAAAUGUUAAUUUGCAAGAAUUGGUUAUAAAAUUACAACCAAUUAAAGACAUUGUUGCAGAAGCUUAUAAUUUGUUUUGUUUAAUUCUGACAAUUCCAUCAACAAGCGUAUCCGUAGAAAGAAGUUUUUCGUGCUUGAAAAGGUUAAAAACUUUUACAAGAAACACCAUUUCACAAGAUAGACUAUCCAGUUUAACGGUUAUCGCACUUCAUAAAGAAUUAUUGAAUGAACUGAUGCAGCAUCAUCCUUUCUACGAUGAUAUUAUUGAUAGAUUUGCCUCCCUAAAAGACCGAAGGAUCGACUUAAUUUAUAAAAACUAA